CCACACCCAUCGGCGAGCGGAUCCGCGGGCAGCGCGUCGUCGGCCGCCGCGCUCCAGCCUCCGCCCGCACCGAGCCGCGGGACCCGGCCGCACCGGGGAGGGGCCGCUCCGGGCCGCAGCGCGAGGGCAGCGAGGGCGGCGGGGACCCGGCACCGGGCGCGGCCGGCGGCAGCGACCAUGAUCGCUUUGUUUAACAAGCUGCUGGACUGGUUCAAGGCCCUGUUCUGGAAGGAGGAAAUGGAGCUCACGCUGGUGGGGCUGCAGUACUCGGGCAAGACCACCUUCGUCAACGUGAUCGCGUCAGGACAGUUCAACGAGGACAUGAUCCCCACUGUGGGCUUCAACAUGCGCAAAAUCACCAAAGGGAACGUGACCAUCAAGCUCUGGGACAUUGGGGGACAGCCCCGUUUCCGAAGCAUGUGGGAACGCUACUGCAGAGGAGUGAGCGCCAUCGUGUAUAUGGUGGAUGCUGCGGACCAGGAGAAGAUUGAGGCCUCCAAGAAUGAGCUCCACAACCUGCUAGACAAGCCUCAGCUGCAAGGCAUCCCGGUCUUAGUCCUUGGUAACAAGCGAGACCUCGCAGGAGCGCUAGAUGAGAAGGAGCUGAUUGAGAAAAUGAAUUUGUCUGCUAUCCAGGACCGAGAGAUCUGCUGCUACUCCAUCUCCUGCAAGGAGAAGGACAACAUAGACAUCACCCUACAGUGGCUUAUUCAACACUCAAAGUCACGGAGAAGCUGAGGCUGUGGCUCUCCUCCUUCGGACCAGGGACCACAGUCACCGAUCCGGAAGCCGAGCUCCCCGCCCAACCCUGUUGUCUCCCCCUAAACCCACUUUCUCCUCACCCAGUGUGGGGAGGGCCCUCUGGGGCUCCUAGAGUCCCAUUCUGCUGAGGUUUGAACUCCUGUUUUUAUUGUAAAAUAAAUUUCGCCCCAUCCGGUCCCCUCACCUCUCUCCCUUUCUCUCUGUCCCAUCACCCAGCCCCGCCUCCCUCCCCCUCCGACAGCCCUGGCCCCGCAACCCGUCCUCACCUCUGUCCCGCCCUCUGCCUCCCUUUUCAACACUGUUUUUGUCCUGUGUGUACAGUAUAUAUAUGUAUAUAUAUUUUAAUUUUUUAAUUUAAGCAAAGACUUAAGAUCAACCAUUUGAUGCUGCAGGGGCCAAUCAGGACCUGGGAGGGGCAAACUGGAAAGAUGGGAAGAGGUGCAGGGUCCACUUGGGGCAAGUUCAGAUGCAAAAAAGGUGGAGGCUGGCACUUGGGGCAGGUACCAGCCUGGCCACUGGUGAUCGUCCCCGUGUCCCGUAAAGUAUUUCUGUCUCCCAGAAUAGGGCCUGGAUCCCCGGGCCGACGGGAGCCUCCUCUUCUGUCCCCAGCCUUGGUAGGACCACCGGGCGUAACCAGGUACCAGAGGCCGCCAGGCUCAAGUGGGAGGAGCCAGUGUCCAUGCCAUCCCAGUGACCCCGCCCCCCUCCUCACUCUUCCUGGCCCCAGCUCCUGCCUCUCCCCAGGGCCCCCACCUCCAUGGCCCAUUUCACUUUCUGUUCUCAUUUCGCAGAGUGGUACAAGGAGAGAACUCAGCAUGGGGGGUCGGUUCUUGGGGUUUUGUUUGUUUGUUUGUUUAAUUUAAUGAUUUGUAAAGUGAUGCUCCUCUUCCUUUUUACACUUUCCAGCUCAUAUUUAACCUCUGUUUGGAAAAUGAUUCUUGUAACUGUACAUUUUUUUUUUUUGCCUCCUAAUAAUGACAACAAUAAAUGACCAAUUUUGUGUUGGGGGCGUG